AAAAGGGAAAGACAGUGUUAUUGUCUCUUGGCAGGUGUUCCCCUGGUAUAUUUCCACAUUUAUGCAGUGCAUAGGCCAGAGUCCACAGUCUGACCUUUUUGUGCCAUAGGGCAGAAGCUGGCCCUGUGACCACAGGAGGCCAGCUGCUGUUCUCAGAGGAAUGGGGGUGAGGUAUGAGACUGGAUGGUGCUCAGAGGAUUUGUGGCCAAAUUAUUCUCCCCUUUCUAAUCCUUUCUUCAUGUGGGAAAUGUCUCGUCUGGGCUUAAGUCAAAAAGAAAGCCUGUGCCUCCAGUAGAAAGUCGCUGUUGCCUGAGGAAGUGGCCAGAAGGCACACCUGCGAUGCCUAGCAGAGUGGGUGCACCUGCUUCUGCUUCAGAAGGGGCUCACCACUUCCCCCCCCACACACACACACCCUGCUUCCUUGCACACACUGUGGAGGAGUUCACCAGCAGAUUGGGUUUACAGACAUCUCAGUGGCUACUCCUCAGCCAAACCCCGUCUGUGGGGCUGAUGCUGUAGUCCCUGUAUGGGACUCUGCUCAAGCCGCUUGUGUCUGGGUCGCUCACUGUGCAAGAUGCUAGCAUUUCCCAAGCUGUUCCUGUGAGGACAGCGGGUUGUCCUCUUAUCCUUUCCCGUUUGCUCCCGUUCACACCAGGCUGCAAACUUCGCCUCUCUCAUCAGAGCAUCCCUCUGAAGCACUCUGCUCAGCUGUGAAUCGCUCUGACUCUUGUUGGGCAGGGUUACAGGUCCUCCGCUUGUAAGAGAGCUCACUCACACACACACACACACACACACACACACACACACACACACACACAAUCAGACUCUCAGUGGCAACAGAGCAGCAUCUGGAGCUGAAUGGAUGCCUUAAUGGGUUGGUGAGACAGCGAUCGUCGGCAGGCGAAGCUAAGGAAGGAGGCUUACAAUUGCUGUAGGUGAAUCUGAGCCACCGGGAGCAGCAGCCCCAGGAAGCUGAUGAUCUCUCCGGGAAAGAAUUGACUGCGUUUCCAGAAAGAACACAGAGGAUAGCUCCAUGUGACCUGAAGAUGGAGUAGUGACAAAGGCAUCCCCCAUGAUUCUGAGCACCUUUUGCUGUGGACUCCAGCCCCAGCCAGAGGCUGCAUGUGGAGCUGAAGAAACAGAUCUACUGCUUUCCUGAGAGCCCCCUUUCUCUCCUAAUUCAUGAGCCAGCAGGAUGCGGUCGCUGCGCUUUCAGAACGCCUGCUCAUAGCUGCGUACAAAGGCCAAACAGAGAAUGUGGUUCAGCUCAUCAACAAGGGUGCCAAGGUAGCGGUUACCAAGCAUGGCCGGACCCCCUUGCACCUCGCUGCCAAUAAGGGUCAUCUUUCUGUGGUGCAGAUUUUGCUGAAGGCUGGCUGUGACCUCGAUGUACAAGAUGAUGGAGACCAGACAGCCUUGCACCGGGCCACUGUGGUGGGAAACACUGAGAUCCUCACAGCGCUUAUCCGGGAGGGAUGCGCCCUGGACAGACAGGACAAGGAUGGGAACACAGCCCUGCAUGAAGCCGCCUGGCAUGGAUUCAGCCAGUCAGCCAAGCUGCUCGUUAAAGCCGGAGCCAACGUGCUUGCCAGAAACAAGGCCGGGAACACAGCUCUGCACCUGGCCUGCCAGAACAGUCACUCCCAGAGCACUCGCGUCCUCCUGCUGGGCGGCUCCCGGGCUGACCUCAAAAACAAUGCAGGGGACACCUGUUUGCACGUGGCUGCACGGUAUAACCACUUGUCCAUCAUCAGACUCCUCCUCAGUGCUUUCUGCUCUGUUCAUGAAAAGAACCAGGCUGGAGAUACGGCCCUCCAUGUGGCUGCUGCCCUAAAUCACAAGAAGGUAGUUAGAAUCCUGCUGGAAGCUGGUGCUGACACGACCCUUGUGAACAAUGCAGGCCAGACCCCGCUGGAGACUGCCCGCUACCACAAUAAUCCCGAAGUUGCUUUACUCCUCACCAAGGCUCCCCAGAUCUUGCGCUUCAGUCGUGGGCGAAGCCUGAGGAAAAGGAGAGAGAGGCUCAAAGAAGAGAGGAGGGCCCAAUCUGUGCCCAGAGAUGAGGUGGCACAGAGCAAGGGAAGUGUCUCAGCAGGAGACACCCCCAGCAGUGAACAAGCUGUACCCCAAAAAGAGGAAGCUAGAAGAGAUUGCCCACCAGCUUCCCAGGAGCCAAGAAAAGAUGAAAGGAGGAGAAGGUCAAGGCCAGAGGUGUCAGCACUGUCUGACCCCACCCCAGCAGCAGACCAGCAGCCUGGACACCAAAAGAACCUGCACAGUCAUCACCACCCCAAAAAGAAGAGCAGACAUCGGUGUUGGUCCCCACCUCCACCCCAUGGGUUCAGGGCGUACCAGCUAUACACGCUGUACCGUGACGAGGAUGGAAAAGUGAUGCAGGCACCAAUAAAAGGUUGUCGCUGUGAACCUCUAAUCAACAAGCUGGAGAACCAGUUGGAGGCGACUGUGGAGGAGAUAAGAGCUGAGCUGGGAUCGGUGCAGGAUAAAGUGAACGCAAAGCUGGGCCAGAUGGAGAGCAAGACCCAGCACCAAAUGUGUGUUUUGGACAAACUGAUGGUGGAACGGUUGUCAGCGGAGAGAACGGAAUGCAUGAAUCGCCUGCAGCAGCAUGCAGCUGCUGAGAAGCAGGAGGGAGAGAAAUGUCAGAUGUCUCUGGUGGAUGAACUAAAAGCCUGGUGCAUGUUGAAGAUCCAGAAUCUGGAGCUGAGACUUGCUGGAGAGUCUCGGACCUUUAGAGCUAAAUCUACACCAUCUUCCUCUGACUCCACUCCAGCUGUAGACCAAGCAGUGAUAGCUGCAGGCCCAGGAGCAGCUUCCGACAGCUCCUCUCAGGCUGUGAGGCCCAAGGAUAAGGCGCUGAGUGCCACUGCUGCCCACAGAAACCAGCAGGAGCCGCUUCCCUCUGCCUGCACAGGCUCUGGGUUAAGGAAGGUCAAGGCCCCAGGUGCUUCCAAGUGCGAUCAGCAGACUGGGUCCUGUGUCAACCGAGGCACUCAAACCAAGAAGUCUGGGAGAAGUGGGCAGACCAAGCAUCGAGGCCAGCAGCCGAGAGCCAGCAGCCCCAGUGGGCAGCAGCCAUCAGCAGCAAGCAGUGAUGCUCGAGAUGCCUCGCAAGCCCUGGAGCUAACCCAGUAUUUUUUUGAGGCCGUUUCUGCACAGAUGGAAAAGUGGUAUGAACGGAAAAUUGAAGAAGCACGAAGCCAAGCCAGUCAGAAAGCUCAGCAAGAUGAGGCCAUAUUGAAGGAGCACAUCAGAAGUCUGGAGGAGGAGCUUGCCAAGCUGCGGACAAAGGUGCAGAAGUAAAACCCAGUCCCUGAGGUGGACCCAAUAGGGUUUCUGGCUUGAUAACAGUAAAAUAACUGUGUCCCAGGAGUUGGUCGUCAUGCAGAAAGUGGAUUUGCCUUAAAGAAAAGUCAUGAAUUGGGGCUGGAGAGAUGGCUCAGCAGGUAAGAGCACUGACUGCUCUUCCGAAGGUCCUGAGUUCAAAUCCCAGCAACCACAUUACAGCUCACAACCACUGGUAAUGAGAUCUGACACCCUCUUCUGGUGUGUCUGAAGACAGCAACAAUGUACUUAACUAUAAUAAUAAAUCUUUUUAAAAAAAAACUCACAAAUUUGUUGUGGACACAUACUUCCUGUGCUCUGAAGUUACAAGACCUUCUCUGGUUAAAAUGAAUCUUGGAAGAUGUUAACAAAAAGCAAGCCACACCAAGAUGAGAAGGUUGUGUACCUAAGUCUGCAAUUCAGUGAUAUGAAAUGUCAGAAGCAAAGCGGAUUACUCUGGGAACUCCAGUAGUCAUUCAUAUCCACGUCAACACACCUGCUGUGCCUAGACGGUCCUUCUAACAGCUGGGACUCAGAGGAGGGAAGCCCUUCUUCUCCCAUGUAACUCAAGAUGCUCAUCCUUUAAAGGGGUGAAAACCUUUCAGAUUUUGAGGAGAUACAUUGUAAUGAUCUCAGUGUCCAGUAUGUCUUAAGUACUGUGGUUUUAGCCAAAUAACUGAGCAGAUUAACAGAACAACAUUCACCAAACAACUCCAGCCAGUUACCUUAGAUUACCUUUCCAAAGUCAAGACUUGUUCUGUCUUGUAAAGAGAUAAGGCACUAUCACGAAAGUUUAAUUUUGAAUUGACUUCUCACUGAAGAACAUGAAGCCAUCGGAAGGCUUUGUUUGCUUACUGAGUGAGAUGUAUCUUGGUUGGGACCCUGGAUUUGUCUUCUAAGCCUUUGGAACACAGAUUAUGUCUGUGUCCACAUGAUCCACACAUGCAUAGAAACUUCUGUUUCUCUAAGCCUAAGGACCUAAUAACUACUGUCCAUGAAUUGUGACUAAAAUGCUGUUCAUUGAGCCAAAGAGAAGUGACCUUUGUGGAAUAGUAUGCAUUUAUCCCUCUGUCAAGCCAAGUUCUUCCUUUUUCUUAUAGUGACAAUCCAUGGCUAUAGACAUUCCUGUAAACAUAACAGGAUAGAUAUGUGCGUAUGGAAUCUACUGAGUCUGGUUCUUUCCUGGGACUGACUUGUCCUCAGCCUCUCGGGAGGUGCAGCCCUUUCCCAUUCUCCUUCACUGGAGUCCUGUCCUCAGCUCACUUGCCCCUGAGCCCUGCUGUGACACUACCCGGAACAAAAGGUCUCUCACUCCUGUAGGACCACUCCUUAUUUAUACACCAAAUUAUUGGGAACUGCCUAAUACUAAGAGAUGAAAUCCCGAGUUCAGCAAGUUAUGCUCCAAGCCGGAGUUAUUUUCACUAUUAGAAUACUUAUUACCUCGAUAACCCUUGACAAGAAAUGCAGAAAUCAACUGUAAUUGAACAUCAAGUCUAAACCACAGACUAUCCUGAUGGCAGUACUUCAAUAUACCUCCUACCCAUCAGAAGCAGGCAGCUUAUCACUGUGAAUGGAUGUUUUCGUCAAGUCAUUAGGCGUAACCUACUUCUAAGGAAGUAGUGGUGGUUGGCUUGUUUUGGAAGGCUUUACUGUGUACUCUAGACUGGCUUUGAACUCAUGAUCUUCCUGUCUCAGCCACCUGAGUUCUAGGAUUAAAGGAGUGAGCCCCGUGGUCAAUCCUGUUCGUUUGUAACACCAGUGUUAGGUUUGUUGCAUUGGUCUCAGUUUUGUAAAGCACUGAAGAUGAGCUGUGUCUUUCCCCUUGUGCUAUGUGCAAACACAAGCAAAUGUCCCAGCUGUACUUUGACCAUAUACUCUCACACAGAUCAUGUUUCAGACUGAGACCUAAAAAGUGUCAACAGCCGUAGAGAAACACAUUAUAAAACAGUAAUGUUGUAUAUUACCAAUGUCCUUUUCAAAAACAAGUAAUUGUUAGCACAUCCCUUAGACUGUAUAUGGAGUAUCUGUGACAGGGUGAAAGUGUUAGUCUAGCAUCGCUUUUGAUUUGAGGAGUCCAAAUACAGGUUUUUCAUGUUUAGAUUUGUGUGUGCAAGGCAUGUUGUCUAAUUUUAUCACCUUGAGCUCGUGUCUCCUAUAAGCAUUAAACAUUGUUUUCAGUUUUGUCAGUA